CUCCAGUCCAAUCUUUAUGGCACCAAAAAUAUUUAUAAGUGCUGAGUUUGGGUGAAAAGAUGGAAGAAAUGGACUUGAAAUUCAAGAGCAUAAAUAUGGCUGAACUUUCAGAGCCAGAAGGUACUGUAAACUGGAAGGAAAGAUGUUUAACUUUGGAGUCACAGUUAAUGAAAUUUCGUCUCCAGGCAAGCAAGAUCAGAGAACUGUUAGCAGAAAAGAUGCAGCAGCUUGAGAAGCAAGUUAUAGAUGCUGAUCGUCAGGCAGAGAGAGCAUUUCAGCAGGUGCAGAUCAUGGAAGAGAAAUUAAAAGCAGCAAAUGUUCAAACAAGUGAAUCAGAAACCAGGUUGUAUAAGAGAUGUCAAGAUCUGGAGAUCCUGAUACAAGAUAAAAAUGAUAUAAUACAAAAAUUGGAGCAACAACUUGAAGAACAGAAGCAAAUAAGACUGCAAGAAGCAAAAAUCAUAGAAGAAAAAGCAGCUAAAAUAAAAGAAUGGGUGACAGUCAAGCUUCAUGAGUUAGAGGUGGAAAAUCAGAACCUUCGCUUGAUCAACCAAAAGCAAACCAAAGAGAUGAAAACAGUACAAUCUAAACUGCAAGAAGCUACUGGUAAGAAAUCUGUUACUUCAACACAAAAGCCUGGAGAGUGUCAGCGACUAAGCAGUUUGACUUUUGGAUGCUUUUCAAAUAGAGCAAGAAGUCCUCAACCCUCUCCUAAGCUUGAAGAAAUAAGCAAGGCUUCAUCUAAGGAGUCAGCGUACCCUGAAGGCAAAAACAUGCCAGAGAAGGAUAUCCUGGAAACUACUUUUGCUGGUCCUGUACAUGAGACAAAUAAAGGUCAGAAGUCAUUGCAACAAAGUUCCUCUGGUUCAGAGCAGAACAAAAAUGUGAGAACAAGCUGCUCAUCCAAAGACAUAGACAGUGACAUGUCAAAGAACUCAUGCACUACUGGGAGUGACUGGAGCUCAGAUGAGGAUGGAGGAGACAAUAAAGGACUGAAAUCCAGGUGUGCAUCAACUCUUUCAAGCCACACAUCUGAAGAGAACGCAAGGUACAGUAGAGUGGGAAGUGAAAUGUAUUUGACAGCUUCUGAUGACAGUAGUUCUCUCUUUGAAGAAGAGAGUUUUGAUGUUAAGAGGACUCAGCAAAAGAAGCUAUACUCAUGGCAGCAAGGGUCCCAAAGAAAAGGCCUGAACAAUCCGGGUGGAAAGUGCAACUCUGACUUCACAAGGAAAAAGAAAGACCAAGACAGUUCUUCAGAUGAACUGAAUAAGAAAUUUCAAUCACAGAGGCUUGAUUAUUCAUCCUCAUCCAGUGAGGCAAAUACCCCAAGUCCAAUUUUAACUCCUUCUCUGACACCCAAACACCCAAUUCUAGCAACUUCUGCAGGUUCUCAAUGCACAACUCCAUCAGAUUUUCCCUCAAAUUUGCCACAUCCAAAGUUAAGGACUCCUAAUGUCUUUAGUCUAAAUUCAGUGUUAGCAAAGAAACACCUAAGCCAGCCCCAGCUGAGUUCUGACAGAAUGUUUGGUAGGAACAGAAAUGCCAUAAGCAUGAUCCGUCCAUGGAGACCUCAGGAAACAGACAUAGAUCUGGUGGAUGGAGAAGAUGCUGAUGUUUUAGAGAAAAUGGAGAUUAGCUGUGAUGAAGGAGUGUUUACCUAUGACACCACUGAAGCACAAAAUGCUGAAGCCCAGGAACUUUGUGAUAUGACAAAAAAGGGUGCUAGCAACAAACCUCCAACGCCUCCAUUGCAUCGAUUUCCUUCCUGGGAAAGUAGAAUUUAUGCUGUAGCCAAAUCUGGUUUAAGGAUGUCUGAAGCUUUCACCAUGGAAUCUCUUAAUAAAAAUGCUGUUUCACUGACUUCAUGCUCCAUAUCUGGAUUAUAUACUUCUCUGAUAUAUAAGAACAUGACCACUCCUGUCUACACCACUUUGAAAGGGAAAGCAACUCAAAUAAGCAGCAGCCCAUUUCUGGAUGAGUCGUCAGGAUCUGAGGAAGAAGACAGCUCUCGCUCCAGCUCAAGGACUUCCGAGUCUGACUCUCGGAGCAGGAGUGGUCCAGGGAGCCCUCGGGCUAUGAAACGAGGUGCAUCUCUGUCUUCUGUGACCUCGGAAAGUGACUAUGCUAUUCCUCCAGAUGCAUAUUCAGUAGAUACAGACUAUUCAGAGCCAGAGCAGAAACUUCCUAAGACCUCUUCCUCAUCUAGUGAUAAUGGAAAAAAUGAACCUUUGGAAAAAUCUGGAUAUCUGUUAAAAAUGGGUGGCAAAGUAAAGACCUGGAAACGACGGUGGUUUGUGCUUAAAGGAGGUGAAUUGCUGUAUUACAAAUCUCCAAGUGAUGUUAUUCGAAAGCCUCAAGGUCAAAUUGAGCUAAAUGCAUCCAGCCACAUUGAAAGGGGUGAUGGAAAACAAACAAUUCAGCUGACCACAGAGAAACGAACAUACUACCUGACUGCAGAUUCCCCCAACAUCUUAGAGGAAUGGAUCAAAGUACUGCAGAAUGUUCUCAAAAUACAGGCUGCCAGCCCACUCUUUGUACAGUCUGAAAUCAAGCCAACCAUGAAAGGAUUACUUACAAAGGUGAAACAUGGAUAUUCCAAAAGGGUUUGGUGUACCUUAGUUGGAAAAACUUUGUAUUAUUUCCGUAAUCAAGAAGACAAGUUUCCUCUUGGUCAAAUCAAGCUUUUUGAGGCAAAGGUUGAAGAAGUUGAUAGAUCCUGUGAUUCUGAUGAAGAUUACGAAGCCAGUGGUCGCAGUUUAUUAUCAACCCAUUACACUGUUGUUAUCCACCCCAAAGACCAAGGACCCACUUAUCUUCUUAUAGGAUCCAAACACGAGAAGGACACAUGGCUUUAUCAUCUGACAGUUGCAGCUGGAAGUACCAGUGUCAAUGUUGGAUCUGAGUUUGAACAACUUCUUUGCAAAUUACUAAAUGUGGAAGGUGAUGCCACUUCUCAAAUUUGGAGACAUCCUACCCUUUGCCAUAGCAAAGAAGGAAUUACUUCCCCUCUUACAACACUGCCAUCAGAAGCCUUGCAAACUGAAGCAAUUAAAUUAUUUAAGACCUGCCAGUUGUUUAUAAAUGCUGCAGUUGACUCUCCUGCCAUUGAUUACCAUGUAUCUUUGGCCCAAAGUGCUUUGCAGAUCUGCCUCACACAUCCUGAACUUCAAAAUGAGAUCUGUUGUCAACUUAUUAAACAGACCAGGCGUCGACAUCCACAAAACCAGGCAGGACCAAUACAGGGCUUGCAGCUCUUGGCCCUCUGCGUUGGACUCUUCCUGCCCCAGCAUCCAUUCCUUUGGCUUCUUAAACUUCAUUUAAAGAAGAAUGCAGAUUCCAGGACUGAAUUUGGGAAAUACGCUAUAUAUUGCCAGCGCUGUGUAGAACGUACCCAGCAGAACGGAGACCGAGAGGCCAGACCUUCCAGAAUGGAAAUCCUUUCCACUCUCCUGAGAAAUCCCUACCACCAUUCCCUGCCCUUCAGUAUUCCAGUUCACUUCAUGAAUGGCAUAUAUCAGGUUGUUGGGUUUGAUGCCUCUACCACAGUAGAGGAAUUUCUGAACACUCUGAACCAAGAUACAGGAAUGAGGAAACCAGCUCAGUCAGGAUUUGCACUGUUUUCUGAUGAUCCCUCUGGCAAGGAUAUAGAGCACUGUCUUCAAGGAAACAUCAAGAUCUGUGACAUUAUUUCAAAGUGGGAGCAAGCCUCCAAAGAACAACACCCUGGGAAAUGUGAAGGCACAAGGACUGUCCGCCUUACUUACAAAAACAGGCUUUAUUUUUCAGUUCAAGUUCAUGGGGAGACAGACAGAGAGAAGCUGCUGCUAGUGUAUCAGACAAAUGAUCAAAUAGUCAAUGGACUUUUCCCUGUAAACAAAGAAUUAGCAAUGGAAUUGACAGCCCUUUUAGCUCAGGUAGAGAUUGGAGAUUUUGAACGGCCUUUCUCAACUCCAGCAGGGCAAGUCACUUCCCAGUCCAAGUCCAACCAAACCCUAAAGCAAGUUUUGGAGAGAUUCUACCCUAAGAGAUACAAGCAAGGUUGUUCAGAUGAACAGUUAAGGCAGCUUUGCCAGCGACUGUCGACACGAUGGAUGGCUCUGCGUGGGCACAGCGCCGCGGACUGCGUGCGCAUUUACCUCACCGUGGCCAGGAAAUGGCCCUUCUUUGGGGCUAAGCUCUUUGCAGCAAAACCUCUAGCAACAGCCUCAGUUGAGAAGUCCUUCAUAUGGUUUGCUGUCCAUGAAGAUGGAAUAAGCAUCCUGGAUUACAGCUCCAUGAGACUGACAGUUACAUACACAUAUAAGAGCCUGAUGACUUUUGGAGGCUAUCAAGAUGAUUUUAUGCUGGUUGUUAACAAUGCUCAGACAAAGGACAAAUCAACUGAAAAACACCUUUUUGCCAUGACAAAGCCAAAGAUUCUUGAGAUCACUCUACUGAUUGCCAGCUACAUUAACAACUUUCAUCAGCUGAAAGGAGUUGCUCAUCACCUCUCUGCUCCAGCAUUACUGGCACCCCAAAGUGGACAGAAACUCAAGGAGAUGGGGAGCCAGCCACUUCCUGCAAUCAACAGACCAACUAAAUGUCCCACUUUGUUAUGAAAGGAUUAUGUGUCAUGGUAAUAACCCUUGUUAGAGGGUUUCUACAUGGACUGAAAACCUUCUGAGGUACAAGAGGUAGAGCAUAAGCAGCUCCAUAAACAAAAGCAAGGUGGACAGGUUUACAUUCCUGCAGUUGCAUAUAAGAGGAGUAGCCCUUAAAUUAAAGCUCUGGCCUGAACUGGAAAGAUGAGUCAGUUUAAGGGUUAGGAUUGACUGGGGGUUGCUUGUGCCUGCAGCUCAGAAAAAUACUUCUGUUUGUAAUGAUGGAGAAAGGUGUCAUUGGAAAAAACUGUAUAGAUUUUACAGUUUUACAGAUAUAUUCUCAGGGACCAAACUGUCUUCAGCUCUUCAUCUCUUAUUUUUCAAAAUUAGACCAGUUUUAUAGCUUUCAUUUUGAAAAGGAAUUUUUGUUUAGAAAAGCAAUCAAAUACAAAAUACUUUUCACUUCCAGCACCAUUCUUAUUUGCAAUUCAAGUAUCAUGGGACUAAAAGGAACAAAUUGUGUAUAAUUGUUUCUCCUUUGAAAAAAAAACCAACAAACACAUAAGCACAUCAUGUAACUAUUACAAAUUUAAAGAGUGUUCUCAUGAUACACUCUAGCCUUUGUUAUACAGCUGCUAUACUUGGCAAAUUUUUGCCUUGGUCUGGUAAAUUUCUAAAUAAACCUUCUCUGCUCCAGCCUUUUGAAAAGAAUCUAAACUGGACAGACACUUUAUUUAGUACAGUUCUGUUAAACAACACCCUGUACCUAAUUUCUCCUUUAAUCCAAUAAUAAUAUAAUACAGAUGCCAAGAAUGACUCACAAUUCAAAAGACAAGAACAACACAGAAAACCGUUGACAUAAAAUGUUGUGAGUAAACUUGGAGACCUAAAAUCUGUGUACAAUAUGUAUAAUGUAUAUACAUUGAGUCUGAAUAAUAUUUACUUCUUGUUUUUAAUUUGUAUCUAUACCUUUCCUGUUCUAAUACAAAUAUAAUGUUCUUGCACACUGAAGAGUGAUGCUGCAUCUGCACUCUUGGACCUAGGAGCAUUUUCCAGUUGCCUUUUUCAGGUGCAAGCCUCAGUGCUGCAUAGGUCAAAUGUAUAGAAAUUACAUCCAUGGUUUUUCUUCCAGUCCUCUUUUUGUUCCAAUACAAAUAAACCACCAGAAUGGAUCAGCACCAUUCUCUCAUAGAUAAUUUAGGUACAACUAUGAAGAAGGUACUCAAACAUAAAUCACUGAUUCAUGGACAUUUUACAGUUUCCACUUUAGCUCAUGUUAAUGAUCAUGGA